AAACAAGAAAUCUAUUGAUUAGAAACAACCAAUCAAAUGGUAUAUUACACUGUCAAAACAUUGUUUUCUAAUGAUCCGUACGUUUUACUCUACCACAGGAAGUUUUAGCUUACCGAAAACAGGCAGGAGUUGAAAUUGAGAACGAAGAAAGGUAAAAAAGUUGUACCGGUUAGAAAUAUUCAUCAAUGUUUUUGGAUAAAAAACAAAUAUGGCUGUAAUUUUCCCACCACAAAAGUUGGCAAAAAUCAGUCUAUUGACUUCCGAUCUCACCCAGGAAAGUUGUGCGGAGAGAUAUGGUGGUAAGCAAACAACAGAAGAGAAGGAACCCAAACAAAUACAAAUUGACGACGAGGACGUAAACUUUCAACAUGGUGAAUUAACAGUUAGUAAUGCUGCCUCUUUUAUCCCACAAAAAGAAAUCGGGGUUAAAGCCUUCGGUUUAACACAAGAAGCCGUACAACACGUUCAACAGUGUCAAGACAAUUUGCCAGGUCAUGAGAGUUAUUUGUACUACGUUAGAGAAUUGAUUGAAGACAACUUGGAUAACUAUACCGAAAUUCCUGAUUUCGAUAAAGUAACAGAAAUGCUAGCACGGCCCUUUUUGUUUACUAACGAUAAAGCCCAUGAAGUAUCAACUUGGCUUUCUAAAAUUUAUUUGAUUGAACAUGAGAGUAUGUCCUACUGGACAAAACAAUAUGUGGAAUUUUGGAAUGAUGCACUGCAUCUUUCUCUGUCAUUUCCACAUAAAGAAAAAUUAACAGGACAAUGGUUUACAGUGCCAGAAUCACAAAAAGGAGAAGGACAGCUGGUAUACAUCGCAAAUGUACCAGUGAAAGAAAGUCAUUUCUGCUCUCAAGACAACAAAUUUGACCAUAGAAACACCACAAGUCCAUACAAAAAAGGGUUUUGGUAUCACGGCACAGACCACGGUUCGGCUGAAUCAAUCAGAAUUAAGGGCAUUAGUUUGAAAGAAGGAGGGGGAAAGAAAGAUUUUGCCCAUAACGAUGGAUUCUACUUGACGUCAGAUUUUGAGCAAGCCAAAAAAUGGUCGUUCAAUAAAUUUUCACCUGCUGUGCUUAUAUUUGAGUGCAAAUUCAACGAAGAAGAGUUUUUGGAUCUUACAACCAGUAAAGAAAAAUGGGAUGAAAUUGUCACCUACUGUCGAGGUGGUGAGAAGGGUAAGCCCCCAGAUGGAUUUAAAGCAGCCGCAAGCAUUUAUGGUAGAAUGAGUGGCGAUGGAACAGAAAAAAUCGAAGGGAAACCUUCUUUAAGUGCAUGUAAAAAUCCUCAAUUAUGCAUUAAAAGUGCAAAACUGGCGGAGACAAUUAGCCAAAAUUUGAAGGGGAUUUAUUACUUCUGUAAGAAAGACAUAAAGUAAAUAUUGUUAUUUUGUAAAAACGCCACUAAACGUAGAUUUAUCAUUUUAAGUGUAAUGGCUUCAAUAAUCCUUAUGACAAAACUAAGCACCAUUUUACUGUUUUGCGGAAGUCUUGUCUUUGGGUCGUGAAAGAGAGAGUAAUUACUUUGUGAUAAAUUACUUUGUUAUUUCGUUUAAUAGGUUCCAGCCUAUUUGCGUUUUAUUUGAUGAAUACAAAAAACCAGAAGCAAUAAUAUAUUUUUAAAAGAGUAUUUUAAGUGUCACUUAUUGGAGUGUCACGAUUUUAUUUAUUUCCACGUAUGCAUUUUUAAAGUUUUGUAUUAUCUUGAAUUAUUCCAGCAUUUAUUGGGGAGAAAUAUAUGCUAUAUUUUUCAAUGCUACA